UUUACGCGCAGCGACAGAGGAAAGUGUUUGCACCUGCAAAGGCAAGUGUUAAAGGUGAUAACAAAAGGUUGACGUCACCGGACUCAUCCUGAUCCUGCCGCACAACCUCGACCACCGAGGAGGAGGAGGACAGGAGGAGCAGCUCCGGAGCAGGAGAGCUCUAAUGGAUCGUGUCUGGAAGGAGGAGGACUAUCUCUGAUCAAAUUUCGGGUAUCCUAAGGGCGCACUUAACUAAUGGGAUCCUAUCGAUGUCCCCCCCUCCUCCUCCUCCUCCUCUUCCUCCUCUUCUCCUGUGAGCCUGGUCUUUAGACGGAGGAAUGUUAAUGUUGCCACAGCCUGUCCGUGUUGUCUUUGGCUGCUCUGGGUCCGCUGGCUCCGUUGAUGUGAUCGCUCUGUAAUGUCACGGAUUUUAUUGAGAGGCAUACCGCAGUAUAGAGCAACUCCACAGCGACUGAUGGGACCGGGAAAGUCUUACCCUCGGCUCAGGUGUGAGGAGAAGUGUGUGUCCCAUGUUGCAUUAGUGUCUGUGUGAAAUGCUGGCCUGUCUGCCAGGGCCAGGUGACCUCCCCCUCCAGCUUCUCCCUCACACGCAGAUGAACACUGGACUGCAGAAAUGGGACACCGUACAAAGGAUGAGAUCCGCUCCGUUUCCAACCCCUGCAGAAUUGGACGCAUAUGCUAAGAAGGUUGCCAACAACCCCCUUACCAUCAAGAUCUUUCCCAAUAGUGUCAAAGUCCCCCAGCGCAACCACGUGCGCCGCACGGUCAACGGGCUGGACACGUCAGGCCAGCGCUACAGCCCUUACCCCCCCUCUCAGGCCAGUGCCAAGACGGGCCUCCUCGCCAUCGUCAAGGCGCCCUCGGUCAAAGGCGUCCUGAAAGAUUUCGACGGUAGCCGGGCUCGCUUGCACUCUGAAGUCAGUAUGAACCCUCCCACUGGACCCUAUCAAGUGGCUUCAACCAGCACUUUAAACCACCACCCACCUCUGCCCAGCCUGCCCCGGCCCCAGCACAGCUUGACCCACCAACAGCAGGACCUGCCUCAGACUUUACACCUACCCCUUUCUCAGCCGCAGGCUCACACUCAGAGUCUUAGACACCCUCCCCCUUUGGCCCUGCACCCUCAGGGGCCAAGCAGACUCCAGACUUUGACCCAGCACCCAGCCCUCGGCCACCCGCAGGGCCCCCCCGCAGUCAUGCUUCAGCAACAGCUGCCGCCCGGCCCGCAGGCGAGCAGAAAGCUGCCGGAUGGCGACGCGCCACCUAACGUUACCGUCUCUACCUCAACCAUUCCACUCUCGAUGGCCGCCGGGCUGCACCAAGCCCGCCAGGCCGACCUGAGCACCAUUGUGCAUCAGCUCAACCAGUUCUGCCAAGCGCGGGCCCAGGGCCCGGGGGCCAGCUCCAUGUGCGAAGGCCAGAUCGCCAACCCCAGUCCCAUCAGUCGCAACCUGCUCAUCAGCGCGUGUUCCAGGGUCUCCAUGCACAGUAACCCAGCCACGCCCGGCUUUCCCCCACCCAACUGCGUCAUUGGCCCCCAAGAAAAAGCCACUGCUCCAAUGGGAGCGCACCCCCCGCCCAGCGUGGCCGGUUUGAACCACUUACCUUCCAUCCACGCUGACCCGCAGCAUCUGCAGCACCACGUUCACCCACCACCGAAUCCGCUCCAACACACCGCCCAGCAGCAGCAGCAGAAGAUGCGCUCCUGGAACCCCCAUCAGCUGACCCACGUACCCCAUAUUCAGAACAGCAUGACACACCUCUGCAAACAGCCUUCUAGGGACCCAUCCUUCCAGUUCAAAGGCAUGGGCUAUCCCGGGGAAGUGCUAGGGGGUCAGCCGUACUCACUGAAGCCUCCGCUGGACCGGCCCACCCCCUCCCCACCUGUCAACAGCAACAUGCCCGGCCCCAUGGCCCACUACACCAACGGCCACUACUUCCAGUCCCACAUCUGGAGCAGCAGCAUCCUUCCCACGCCCAACAGUGACAGCUCGGGGUCUCAGGACGUAGCCAUGCCAUUCCACAACGCCGGCCCGGGAGGGUGUACCACGCUGGACUGUGGGCCCCCUGGGGGUCCCCAUUACAGGCUCGCAACAAGCUCCACCACGUCCACCUCCGGCCAGACUAAUCUGAUGCAAACGGCAGAUUACUUGGGUGGGGACUUCCAGACGCCCUACUUCCGCGAUCAGAAUCUCGGGUUGAUGGGCAAGAUGCACAGGCCCCCUCUGAACAGGGUAGGUCCAGAGGUCGGAGAUGGCAGAACCGCUCUCAUCCAGCACCCAGGGUACAGAUAAGCUAUGGCCUUGUCUCCACAACCAUUAUCAAGCCCCUUUGUUUAGUCUUAAGAAAGGAAUCACAAGAAUAAAACUCAACAGAUAACCUAAAGGACAUCAAGUAUUAAAGAGGGUAAAAUAAUAUAUUUAACGCAGAACAAUAGUUUUUUUUUUCUUCUUCUCCUUUUUGUUUUUUUGUUUCAUCUUGCAAGUGAUCAAUUCCUUGAUUUUUAGUUUUGCUUUUUUCCUGGCUCCACAGGUAGCUAUUAUUUCCUGAAAUGUGUGUGUGUGUGCGGGCGUGUGUGGGCGUGUGUGUGUGUAUACACACUCGCAAUCCUCUCUGCUUCUUCCUCGACCAUACAUUGAAUUUCUGUGCCUGGAUUUGAACAGAUUCCACGUUAUCUCUACUUCAGAUCCGUAACGUGACUUUUCUUAUGCAUGUAAGAAAGAAGUAAAAGUCAUCGCUCACAGAAAAAUGGUGACAUCAGCUGAUAUUUUCGCUUUUUUUUGUGUGAUUUUACAGGACAAUAUCAGGAAUUUUUUUGGCUGCGACUGGUUUAGACUUCACUUUGGUGAUGACGCCAAAAUUAAGUACAAUCACUUCCAUGCAGAGAAAAGGAGAUUGAUGGGAAAGGGGCUACAAUAAUUAGUAGGUUACAUGUCAGCAGAGGUUUUUUGUUCUUUUAAUUUAUUUGUAUAAUAGGACUAUUACAGAUAAACUCCUUUCAGUUGGUAAAAGAAGCAUGUAAUCAGGUUGUUUGUACAUUAUGAAGAUAAAGCAGGAGCAAAUAUGACAAAAAAGCCAAUGCUCUGUUCUGCUUAUAAUGCUGCAGUGAAUUCAGGUAUUUAAAAAAUAAGCCUUGUUGCUAGAGCCACAUUUGGCAACAAGAGUCAGAAAUACUAAGGGCAGAAAAUAAUGAAAACCGUUUCCCUCCUCUACCUUAAAAUGGCCAAAGUCAGGUUAAUGAAGACACCAGUAUGAAAUUGUGCCAUCACAUCUUUGUCUACUUUUUAGACUUUUUAGAUAUUUUUUUUUUCUUUUGUUUUUGUAACAAAAUGUAUUACUUGAAUGUCGAGGCUCUUCGUUUUGCAGGUAUCGAAAGGGAUCUGUCGGCUUUGUGGACACUGAAGAAGUUUGUUUCAAUGCGAUGCAGAAUCUAAAGCCAAGGCAGAGCUUUCUAAGCCCCCAACCGGGUUAGAAACCGAGUCACACGUGAGUUGCUACUGAUGCUGAUGUGAAGUCUGCUCUAAUAGACCAAAUUGAUCACUUGCAAGAUCGUUCGGAGGGUAAACGAAACCGGCGUUUCGGUUCGACGUGAAAAAACAGCAAAUGCAUUGUUUAUUUUCUUGUACACUGGCUUACCUACUAGACUACUGUAACUUUUAAUGAUUGUGUGUGAAUGUUGCCGGCGCAGUUAAAAGUGAGCGUUGGCGUGUGUGCGCAAAGUGUGUGUGUGUAUAAUACCACAAUGACACCUAUGUUUUGUUCACCUAACUCCCUAACAGCCCUUAAAAAGCCUUAAGUGUUUGGUCCUUGGACUUUCCUUUGACAAUGAGCAUGGUUUUAAUAAAAAAAACCCAAAUAAAGAGAAGGAGGAGGGAAAGGACAUACAGAAACAGCAAUUUCUUUUUUUUUUUUUUUUGCCUUUUAAUUUGAAUGAAGUUUUUUUUUUUUUCAUCGAGAGCAAUUCCUUAGAGAUUCCUUAUGGUUGGAAAGCAAGAAAAAGGAGGAAUAUUUUGUAAUUAUAUAUUUUUAGCAAUGUGUAGUUACUGAGCUGUAACUUUUUUUUCCAGUUUCAAAGCUUCAGUUUGCAGUUGUGACUAUUUAUGAUACUUGAUUUGCUUGUUAUUUAAAUUUUAUUUUCCUCUUUUGUUUCUUGUACUAUUGCUGUGAAAUGGAAGAAGGUCCACGAGCCUUUCUUUUGUGUCAUUCUGUACGACAGAUAAGAGGCAAGAGCGUGAGAGUUGUGCUACUCUUUUUGUAAUAUUGUAAUAAUAAAAUAAAGUUCUAAUUUAUGCUUU